GCAAGACUCGAGAAACGUAGUCAUAUCACGAAGCGUAUAAGAACCGUAACUAGAUUACAUUUGAUCAUUUACGACUAUAGCCAGCGGACAUGGAUUUCCACAAAUAUUACGAUGUGGAGAAGAAGGUGAUCAACAUGCCGAAGAAGCAUGUGCCCAUCCAUCCCGAUGGAUUAGGCGUCUAUCUUUACGAGAAUAUCCAGAAUCAUCUGGAUGAAAUGGCUCAGAUUGAUGUUAGGACCGGGGAGAAAGAGGAUUAUCGGAGUUACGUGAAGAGGUGUUGUUACGCCGCGGCGGAGCUGAAAUCCAGAGGAGUAACUCCGGACGAUAGGAUAGGUCUGUGCACCCACAACCACAUGGACUCGAGCGUUGCCUUCAUGGGUGCAAUUUAUGCGGGCGCGAAACCAGCAUCCAUGGAUCCGAGUUUAUCUGUGGAAGAUACGAUCCAUCUGCUAAAAAUAUCCUCACCGAAAAUGGUUUUCGUUUCGGAAGACGCCGAGGAUCUGAUGGAAGAAGCCAUUAAAGAAAGCGGUUUGGAUAUUGAAUUGUUCAUCUUCACCAAGGACGGAUCCAAGAAGAACUCGUUCGCACCCUUUGUGGCGCCCAGAAACUUGGAUGAUUUUCAAGUUUAUAAAGUGAAGAGCCUGGAAGAGACUGCCGUGAUUCUCUUUAGUUCUGGAACAACUGGGUUACCAAAGGGAAUUUGCAUCAGCCACAAAGUGUUCUUGUAUCACGUGGAAGAUAUCUUAUUUAAGGUUUGUUCUAUGCUGCUCUUCUCAUCGCUUUAUUGGAUAUCCGCGAUUUACGUGACUUUUGUGAUGCAACGUUACGGCAGCUGCAGGAUCAUAUGCAAGAGUUUUGAUGCCGUCGAAACGUGGAUGAACAUUGAAAAGUAUCAAAUAAAUUCGAUGUUCUUAGCGCCGUGCGACGCCAUCAACUUCUAUAAUAAAAUUCCGGAUGGACAAGUCAGCUCUUUGAAAAACAUUAUCAUCGGUGGUUCUCACUUGAGCGUGGAUUAUUUGAAGAAACUGAUCAAGGCUAUGCCAAAUACUGUGGUUUCCUAUGGUUACGCCCAAAGCGAGGCUUUAAACUUGAUUCGACCCACCUACAGGGAAGAUAAAAUAGGCUCGGUCGGCGUUCCUAAUCAUGGAAUAUCCUACAAGAUUGUUAAUCCUGAAACUGAAGAAAAUAUGGGAUUAAAUCAGGAGGGUGAGCUUCGUGUCAAAUUUGACUACACCAUGACCGGUUACUACAACUGCGAUUCGAACAGCGCUUGGGACGCAGAAGGAUACUUAAAAACUGGUGAUAUCGUAUACUUUGAUGAGGAUUUUCAUCUGUAUAUAGUGGAUAGGAUCAAGGAGAUGUUCAAGUACAAAUCCUGGCAUAUCGUUCCCACUAAAUUGGAAAUGAUUUUGAUGAAACACGACGACAUAAACUAUGCGACGGUCGUUGGAAUUCCUCAUCCAGAAGACGACAACCACAUCAAGGCUAUUGUGCAGUUGAAAGAUGGUAGAACGGCGGAUCCGGAGGAGAUUAAGAGCUUUGCGGAGAGUUUCUUGGACGACAGGCAUAGGAUUAGGGCAGGCGUUACUAUUGUUAAGGACUUCCCAGUCACUCCAACCGGGAAAGUCCAGAGGAGAAUUCUCAAGGAUCUCGUAAUGAAGGGCCGUAUUUAAAUUAUAUUAAUUCUAUAUUAAAUAUUUAUAUUUUGUAUUAUAUACGAGAUCUAUAAAUUAAG